CAGCAGCCGCAGCCAUGCUGUCCCGGCUGCUGAAGGAGCACCAGGCCAAGCAGAGCGAGCGCAGGGAGCUGCAAGAGCGGCGCCGGAGGGAGGCCAUCGCAGCCGCCACCUGCCUGACUGAGGCCCUGGUCGACCACCUGAACGUGGGGGUGGCCCAGGCCUACGUGAACCAGAGGAAGCUGGACCACGAGGUGAAGACGCUACAGUUCCAGGCUGCCCAGUUCGCCAAGCAGACAGGCCAGUGGAUCAGCAUGGUGGAGAACUUCAACCAGGCCCUCAAGGAGAUCGGGGACGUGGAGAACUGGGCGCGCAGCAUUGAGAUGGACAUGCGGACCAUUGCCACUGCCCUGGAGUACGUCUACAAGGGGCAGCUGCAGCCUUCGGCCUCCUGAGCUGGCCCUGGGACCCCCUGGCCUGGCCUCUGCCUGGGGGCGGUCACUGCAGGGCCCGUGCAAAGGAAUAAAACAGAUUGGCCUCAACA